ACGUCGAAGCCAUUAUUCUCAGGGAGCUAUUGUCAUAAGACAAAUGUGCGAAAGAAUGGUUGGGUUUUUUCCUGUGUUUGGUCGCGACCCUUCUGUUCCCCGAAGCGAUCUGAAGCGCUGGGGGCCUUUACGCGAACUUCUAGUUCUUCCGCCUUAGCCGCGGAGACUUCCGCUUCCUGGAUUCCGCCCUCAGUCUGGGCUCUGGCUUCUGCUGUUCAAUAUUAGAUCCUCACUCGGGCACCUCUCAAGAUUUCCUGCUGUUGUCCUGUGUCAUGGAUCCUGCAGUUCUUCAGGACAGCCCCCCUUCCUGUGUUCCAGCAGUUCAUAGGUUGAGAGCCUGUCUGAUUAUAAGUCAAGAAGAAAUGUCAAGAAACAAAGUUCAGUGUUCUUCUCUCUAAGUAAGAGAGACAGCCUUUGAAGACCCCUUUGUGGCAGUUGUCAGCUUAGGAAAGCAGUGCUUCUUCAAGUGCUCCCACAUUCAGCUAAGCUACCUGUGCCCCAUAAAUGGCUACCAUCAGUAUAUCUCCCAAGUUUGCUAUGUCCUCUCUGGGCUCUGCAGAUCACCAGGAAUCAGAAUUUCUUCUUCCAUCAAAAUAUUCCUGUCAGCAGAAUUUGGGUUGGUUUGCUUGCCAUGCUCCAGAGCCUGAUAUACCAAGUCACAUUUCUUCUCAGGAGUCUGUGACAUUUCAAGAUAUUGCUGUGGAUUUUACUGAGAAAGAGUGGCCCCUGCUAGAUUCUUCCCAGCGAAAACUCUAUAGAGAUGUAAUGCUGGAGAAUUAUAGCAAUCUAAGUUCACUGGGUUAUCAGGUUGGCAAACCCCGCCUCAUCUCACACCUAGAGCAAGAAGAAGAUCUGAGAAUGGAGGACAGAGGUAUUCAGCAGGGUCCUACUCCAGAUUGGGGAACUACAUCUAAAAUCAAAUGGUCUAUUCUUAUGGAAGAUAUUCUUGGGAAGGAAGCAUCUGAUGAUAUAAGAUUGGAAACAUCUCAUCUUUUAGAGACAUCUUCUGAAUUCACCCAUUUGUUUGAAGUCAUUGGUAUUGGCCCUCACCUUACUCAGACAGUAGGAAGCCCCACAAGCCAGAGAAUCUAUCAGCACCACAGCUGUGGAGCUUCUUUUCAGAAAAGGAUUCACCUGACUCAGCACAUGAACAUGAAGGAUGGGAGAAAACUGCAUGAAUGUCACCAGUGCCAGAAAUCCUUCACCACCAGUGCUUCUCUUACAAGGCACCAUAGAAUUCACACUGGGGAGAAGCCUUAUGAGUGCAGCAGCUGUGGAAAAGCCUUCAAUGAUCCCUCAGCUCUAAGGAGCCACACAAGAGUUCACCUGAAAGAAAAGCCUUUUAACUGUAGUCAGUGUAGUAAUGCCUUCAGGACCCUCUCUGCUCUGAAGAUACACAUGCGAGUUCACACUGGUGAAAGACCCUACAAGUGUGAUGAGUGUGGCAAAGCCUAUGGCAGGAGCUGCCAUCUCAUUGCCCACAAGCGAACACAUACUGGAGAGAGGCCCUAUGAGUGCCAGGACUGUGGAAAAGCCUUCCAGCACCCCUCCCACCUGAAGGAACAUGUUCGAAACCAUACUGGGGAAAAGCCUUAUGAGUGUACACAGUGUGGCAAAGCCUUCCGAUGGAAGUCCAACUUCAAUUUACAUAGGAAGAACCACAUGAUGGAAAAAUCCUAUGAGUGCAAAGAAUGUGGGAAAUCCUUCAGUGACCUCCUAUCAAGAAGGAAACACAUGAAAAUUCAUAUUGUAAAGAAACCUGUUGAGUGUCCUCAAUGUGGGAAAACCUUUCGAAACCAGUCCAUCCUGAAAACACACAUGAACUCUCACACUGGUGAGAAACCUUAUGGCUGUGAUUUCUGUGGCAAAGCCUUCAGUGCUAGUUCCAACCUCACUGCACACAGGAAGAUUCACACUCAAGAGAGACGCUAUGAAUGUACUUCUUGUGGGAAGGUCUUUGGUGAUUACCUGUCACGAAGGAGGCAUAUGAGCAUCCAUCUUGUCAAGAAGCGGGUGGAUUGUAGACAGUGCGGAAAAACCUUCAGAAACCAAUCCACUCUGAAGACGCACAUGAGAAGCCACACAGGUGAGAAGCCAUUUGAGUGUGACCAGUGUGGAAAAGCUUUCAGCAUAGGGUCUAACCUUAAUGUACAUCGGAGGAUCCAUACCGGGGAAAAGCCUUAUGAAUGUCUUAUUUGUGGAAAAGCCUUCAGUGACCACUCAUCCCUUAGGAGUCAUGUGAAAACCCACCGGGGGAGAAGCUCUUUACACCAUCUUUGUGGGAAAGGUUUCAGUGAAUACUCAGAUGCAGAGGAAACCUGGCAAACAUAAGUAAUCCCAAAUCUUCCAUGACCUUUCCACAUAGUGAAUGCAAAGGAUCACAUGGAACUUAAGAGAAAUCCAGUUUGUAGAAAGAUUGAGAAGACCUAAAUUGUUAUUCAGCAAUUGGGACUCUAUGAGAAUCUCAGGAUUGGGAAAAAUUUGAAUUGAGUAGCAAACUUUCAACAUGCAUCAUGCUCUCUAGCACACAAGAAUUUAGGAAGAAAGUCUUCAGCCUGGACAUUUAGUGUUAAAGGCAGCCACACUUUGUGAGCACACCAGAAUGAAUCCCAUCAAUACAGUGAUUAGGGAAAUCUUUCCUCAUCUCACAUUUCUUCCUCCUGAGAAAAAGCAGGGUUUAAAAAAAAAACAAAAAACUCAAAAGUAAGAAACAUGGAAAAGUGCAUUAAAAAGUGGAGAGCAAAUUGACCAGCUAUUUAUUGUUUUUGGUUGACUCACAAGCCAAGAUGCUUCUUCUUUUAAAAAGAAAAAUCUGGCAGAGGCAGUACUUGGCACUCAAAUUCUGGUACACAUGAUGUUUAUAAACAUAUUCUUUUAAAGCUUUGGUCAGUAGCAUUGGCUCUCAACCUGGAUCAGUUUUGCUCUCCUGGGUAUUUGUCAGUGUCUGGGAAGAUUUUGGUUUUGAGAAUGGAGAGAGAUGUGCUACUGACAUAGAAAGAUGACAUCACAGAUGCUAUCAAAGAGCCUAUGAUAUACAGAAAUCUUUUAUAUCAAGGAAUUAUGUGUACUAGUAUAAAAGUACUGAGUUUGAGAAUAAUCUUAUUCAUUCCUUGGUUGUUGUGAUUCCUGUGAACACUCACAGAGAAAUUUUUACAGCUUUCUAAAAGAAAAACUGCAAUUCAGUUCUCUCUGAAAAUGUAUGAAAAUUUACACUGCUGAUAACUCUAUGAAAAUGAUUUUAGCCACAGUCUCCUGGUAUAUAAAUGAGGGGUUGUAUUCACAAGUCUUUUUUGAUGACAACUUAUUCUAGCUCUUUAGUUUUCUUUGUCUUUUUUUUUUUUUUUUUUUUUUAGGGUUAUGGUUCUCUGAAUAACUCUUAGUCCUUAUCAUACACAAUUGAAUAUAGUAUUUUUUAUUAGAAAUUUAUAAAUUAUAUCUUUAUUUCACUUUAGUAACCUUAUCCUGACCAUAAUUCUUUGAUGUUAUGUACUGGGUAAUGUGGAUAUUUUUGAGUACCUGUGUCACAUGCAUUGUAGUCAAAGCAUGAAGCUUCCUUACAGAUCCUUCAAUUGGUUUUGGCUUUCUAGUCAAAAGAAUAACAAAGACCUAUAGGAUUUCCCAUAUCCAUUUAAACUCCUUCUAUAGCAGAAGAGUCAAGGUUUUAGCUGAUUAUCAAAUAGUGUCACUAUAAGAAAUCUUUUUCAGUUUUUCGUGAAACUUGUAUUUUCUACAUGUUAUGACUCUAGCCAUUGACUUGUAAACAGAGAUACAUGUGUGGUAUUCUGAGAAAAAUCUCUUGGAAAAAGGGUCUGAUUUCUGUUUUUUAAUUCAUUCUGUGGCCCUGAAGAUAAAACCCACAGUCUAAAGAGGACAGAAUAGAAAAGUCACAUCCAAAUCUGUAUUGUGGCUUCUGAAAGAAUUUACAUUGGUACUCAAUUUAUUAAAUAGACUUUCUGUUCCCUGAGAAAAUAAUCAUAUUGAUUACAAGUUUACAAUCAGAUGGGUAUUUUUUUCCCUGUUUACUUUAUUGCUUGGAAGUGAGUUUCUUCCCCUGUUGGAUUCUGUCCAAAACUGAUAGACCCCUUUCUCUGAAUAGUUAAUCACUGCUAUCUUUAUGUACAAGUUUAGUGUAUAUCCUACUGGAUACAGAUUUUUAAGUAUUUUAAAUUAAGUAUUCAUGUGACAUUUCAAGUUGAUGUGUUAUGCUUUUGACAGCUGUAUAUAGAUACACUCCAGGUUACUGCAGGAGUAUAUUCCAAUAAAGUACAUAAACCUGUCAUUAGUCAGAAACAAAGUAACAACCUCAGUACAUCCUAAUAUUUCUGGUAUGUUUGUGCAUGGGGAUGGAGGCCAGAAGAUAUCUGAUACUAUGUGCACAUGAAUCUACACUAUGCUUUUGGGUUCCGAAUACAAGCAGGUAUACAUAGUAACAUAAUGAUAAGUGCUCUGAGUUAAGGUACCAUAAAAUCUCUGCUAUGGGUAAUAGAUAUACCUGGUUGACUUGCCUCAUCAGGAAAAAUUGUUACACAAAAGAUCUCAGAAAAUAGCUGGAUUUCAGCUUCAUGGUCUUUAAAAAUACAUCAUGUAGGAAGAGAGCUUGUUAUGCCUGUUGAAUAAUGGUAUAUGUCUUUAUUUUGCUAUGGCAACACAAUUCCAGCUCUCUGUAGUUCUGCAUUUAUUUCCUUCUGUUGUUGCAGAGAUUAGAAAAGGUUUGCUUAACCAUGUCAAAAAAGGUGUCCUUGCUGUUUUUAAAAGUACCUGAAUCUAUAAUUCCUUUACCUUUUUCCCAGUGCUAGAGAUAGAGCUCAGGGUUGUGGGCAUACGGAGUAAGCACUGUACCCUCAAGUGACAGCCUAGCCCAGACCUUCAUUCAUAAGUGUUUGCACUGUGUUUUACUUUGGUAUCUUAAAUCAUACCUUUUUUUUUACCCCCUCCACCACCACCGCCACUGCCACCAAAACAAACAAAAAACAGCCUUAAGUUUAAGCAGUGUAUAUGGUCUUUCAGUUUUGUAACACCAACUGUCUUGAUUUAAGAAUAAAAGCCAAUUUUAAAAUGAA